GCAGAGAGCUUCAUUUUCUGAUCUGCUUUUGUGCUAAAAUGGAGGCUGGCCUCUCGCCCUGAGUGGAUCGCCUUCCUGGUUGAGGUUUAGAUGUUGACAUGCAAUAAAUCUGGAGACAGGAUGGUUGUGGAUGCACCCAAUUCCAAUGGGCCUUUCCAGCCGGUGGCUCUUAUGCACUUCAGAGAUGUGGCCCCCGCGGAGCAGGAGAAGCUCUUCAUCCAGAAGCUGCGGCAGUGCUGCGUUCUCUUCGACUUCCUGUCCGACCCGCUGAGCGACCUGAAAUGGAAGGAGGUGAAGCGGGCGGCCCUGAGCGAGAUGGUGGAGUACAUCACCCACAACAGGAACGUCAUCACGGAGCCCAUCUACCCGGAGGUGGUGCACAUGUUUGCCGUGAACAUGUUCAGAACGUUGCCUCCUUCGUCCAACCCGACCGGAGCCGAGUUUGAUCCCGAGGAGGACGAGCCGACGCUUGAAGCGGCGUGGCCACACCUCCAGCUCGUCUAUGAGUUUUUCCUUAGGUUUUUAGAGUCGCCUGACUUUCAGCCCAACAUAGCGAAGAAAUACAUCGACCAGAAAUUUGUUAUGCAGCUCCUAGAACUUUUUGACAGCGAGGAUCCCAGAGAGAGAGACUUCCUCAAAACCACCCUCCACAGGAUCUACGGGAAGUUCCUGGGGCUGCGAGCGUACAUCAGAAAACAGAUCAAUAACAUUUUCUAUAGGUUUAUCUACGAGACGGAGCACCAUAACGGUAUCGCUGAACUACUGGAAAUACUUGGAAGCAUAAUCAAUGGAUUUGCCUUACCACUAAAAGAAGAGCACAAGAUUUUCCUGUUGAAGGUUUUAUUGCCUCUGCACAAAGUCAAAUCACUCAGUGUCUACCAUCCACAGCUGGCCUACUGCGUGGUGCAGUUUUUGGAAAAGGACAGCACUCUAACUGAGCCGGUGGUAAUGGCUCUGCUCAAGUACUGGCCAAAGACUCACAGUCCUAAAGAGGUGAUGUUCCUCAACGAGCUGGAGGAGAUCCUGGACGUCAUCGAGCCUUCUGAGUUUGUCAAGGUGCAGGAGCCUCUCUUCAGACAGCUGGCCAAGUGUGUGUCCAGCCCUCACUUCCAGGUGGCGGAGAGAGCUCUGUACUACUGGAACAACGAGUACAUCAUGAGUCUGAUCAGCGACAACGCAGCAAAGAUCCUGCCCAUCAUGUUCCCCGCUCUGUACCGCAACUCCAAGACCCACUGGAACAAGACCAUCCACGGCCUCAUCUACAACGCUCUGAAGCUCUUCAUGGAGAUGAACCAGAAGCUCUUUGAUGAUUGCACACAGCAGUUCAGGGCCGAGAAAAACAAAGAGAAGGCAAAGUCAAAAGAACGCGAGGAGGCUUGGAUCAAGAUCGAGAACCUCGCCAAAUCGAAUCCACAGUUCUCUAUGUAUGUUGAUUCCUCUGACCUCAAUAGUCCUGUAGCAAUGGAGACGGAUGUCCCUUUGAUAGAAGAUGUUCAGAGGUUAAAAAAGACAGUUGAGGAGGGCGCGACUCAGCUGCAGCAUGACCAGCGUAAGGAGCGGCCCAUGGUGCGACGCAAGUCUGAGCUGCCUCAGGAUAUCUACACCACAAAAGCCUUGGAGUCCCACCGCAGAGCUGAAGACAUGUUGACCACCCACGACGGACUCUAGGUCCCACCAUCUGCCGGCUCUUGGUUCAAACUGCCCCCUCCUGCCCUCGACAGCCAUGGACAUCUCCUGUGCCCGGGCGCCCCGCGACGGGCUUCAUCCCCCAGAAUCCUGAGUUCUCCUUCAUUCCUGCUGCCCCGGUGCAGAAGACCUGUAUCCACCUCCCUCAGAUUUCUGCUUUCUCAGGUUUUUUUCUUUAUUUGAAGAGGAGUGUGUCUGUGUGUCUUUUAGCCCUCGCGACAUCCGCCGUGUUCUCCGACCAUCCUCCUCCUCCUCCUGCCCCUCCACCUGCCCCUCCACCCCCGCCUGCCCCCGUGCACUCACUGUAAAUGUGGAACCUGGAGGACAGACAGCACAACGCCGGUCGUCCUCCAUCUCUCUGACCAGCGUGCUGGCAGUGGGUCGGACGUGGACCAUAGGAGCUGCCGGACUCGCUGUCUGAGGAUCACCUCUUGGUCUCUUCUCGGUUUUCUUUUCUUUCAAAGGGAACAGAAACAGACCCUGUUGUUGGAAUGAAAGACGAGACUUUGCCGUCAUCUGUUCUGUGUUCUCUCUGUUGUUUUGCUUUAACAGACAUCUUGUCAGUGCCAAGACUGUUGUGUUCUUUAUGUUGGUGUCAUGUUUGUCAUCUGUGGACGCCUGCCUUCGUUUCGGGUCGCUGGUGUUUGAGAGGUGAUGAUUUAGUUUAGUUCUGUUCUGUUGAGCACACUUGAGACCAAACUGAGGCCUGUCCUUAGCCUUGCAAUGUCCAGGAAAGAUGGCGAGGAAAGAGGAAGUUGUCCCGUGGACAUCUCCACGCUUUCCGUUUUAUUGUUUCGUGCCAUACGCCGCUCUCUUUUAUAUGCUUGCUUCCUUACGUUCUUUGGCAAUAUUUGAAAACCAGACGUAGCGAUGCCUGGCCGGGUCAAACAAUGGUACUGUCUGCGUUUGGGUCGAGCGACCGAAGAGGAACCGGGAUGGAAGCCGACGGCGUGGCGGCAGCGUCCUGGGUGACGGCUGCCCGCGGAGCAGAGCGGCCGGUGGGAUAUAGAACUAUAUAUAUAUAUAUACAGUAUAAAUACAUAGGGAGGAUUUUAAAAUAAAUAUAAUUAGAUUUUCUUUUACGGAGCUGAGUGGAAGAGGAUCUGUGCAACACCUCGAGACUUUUAGCGAGUUUGGACCUGUUCUGUUCAGUGAGCAUGUUCUGGUGUCGUGUGCUGUCAGAAAAACAAAAUGAUGAAUUAAAAUUUAAUUUAUUAUCAAAUGUAGGAGCUAGCGACCUCACGUCAGACCAUCAGCAGACAAAGUGACCUGAUGAGAGCGACCAAGAGAAAAGUGAGCUGCAGCGUGCUGGCGCUGGUACCAGAAGCUACCGUCGGGUUUCGUUUGUCCUGUUUGCGGUUGUUCCGGUCAGUACCAUUGUUUCAACCCAGAAGGUCUGCUCGAGUUCUUCAUAUUUGACGUGUUGUAUUUCUUUGUAUUGUCUCUGGAGGUUCGUCGUGUGGACGUCAGGUUUCAGAACUUUUUCUUAGUACUUUAUUUUUUUGGUUCCUUUUCUUUUCUGGCCGUUCAGAAAGCCCGGCGCUGGACCAGGCUGGCGUGAGAAGGCCACAGAAAUGCCAGAUGCUGAAAAUAAACUGACAUUGUGACUUGGCUUGUUAACUGUAUUAAUACUGUAUUUGCUUGAAUGCAAAAAGAUGUAAAUUAAGACGACCAUGUUAAACAUGUACCUUUACCCUGGAGGAAUGCCAUUGGCCCAGCCGAUCCGUUCUGUUGUCGGCCUCGUCGCGUUUCUGAAACAGUCCUGCUUGCUGGGAGAGAUGUUUCCUGACUUUUAUGAGAUGUUGGCGGUUUGUUUUAGUGCUGAACAUCCACGAUGAGGAGGUGAUUUUAAAUGAUUUGGUGGCUUGUUCUCUCUCUGCAGGAUCUUUGCAGAUCUUUUAAUUUUAACAUAUUAUUUCCAAAACAUGAUAACUUAAAGUGUCCUUUUGUAUGUGACCUGUACUAUAUGAUUCAUUUAAUAUUGUAUAUAUGAUUUACUUUGUUUCAUGUAGUGUUAUAUAUCUAGAUUAAUUUUGUACAAAUUGUCCCUCUGUACAGAAUAAAACAUCAAUAGCAAGUGGAAGAAGUCAAUCUGGCACAUACCGUCUUAUUUCUCCUGCUCCGGCUGGACUCCAGCACCACCAGAACUUAGAACAAAAUGCUCUUAUUUUUAUUAUGAAAAUCUGCAAAGUUUCCUCCCACCUCUAAAUAAUUGACAACUGUUCCUGCCCGUUGUGUGCUCCUAUCACUGUCUUUAGUGGUGUAAAACUAUAGAAUGAAUAAAGAGAUUAUUUGAAUAUAUAUUUUCAA